AUGAAAUUUCGUGGAAAAAAAAAAACCCUCUCUUACUUAAGGAAGCGCGAGGAAAACACACUCUCUCUAGAAGAACAAGAAAACCCUAGCGCCGCGGCCGUCCCCGGUAUCCGGUGUCUCUUCCCGGUGCCGGAGGCUUCUUCUUUAACCUUUCGAGUUUUUGUGUUGCCCUCCUCGUGAGCUUCUUCUCUCUCGGUGAUAUGUAAGACGACUCUGGCGUAAGAUGGAAGCCCUGUUUUCAGUUUUGACCACGGCGGAGCUGAGCUUGGUGGUGGAAGACGGAUCUCUGGAGCGUCUGCGAGUUGAGUAAAGAGGAAGGUCAGGGUUGGGUCGGCUUUUAGAGUUGUGUGGUUGAGAUUCGUCGAUCUAUUUUCCUGGUUGCUCGACGGCUCUCACCACUGCGAAGGAGGCGCGUGGCUUUGUGUCUCGUCAUCUCUCCCACAGAUCUGGUAGCUAGCUUGGAUGUGAUGGCUUGUGUUUCAGAUUCGAAAGGAGAGGGGCGCGCGUGGGGACGGUGAGCGACUCAGUGCUUGGGUGGCUCCAAACCUCGCCACUCGUCAAGUGGAUAUCAAAGGUUUCUCCUUUUGAUGACAUGAACAGAGACAUGAACGUCUGAUGUGUGUUGGCCGGAAGUGCUCUUGAUUCAUGUGCUGCAGAUCUUUCCUCAGUCGUGGUUGGGUCGUCUAUGGCUUUGCUUGAAGGAUGAAAGGUAGCUGCUUCAGUUGGACAUAUAAAGCCUCGUUCACCAGCGUGAAGGUACCCUCCAGAAGAUGUCCUCUGGUUCUCAGUGACAUGAUGUGUAAAGACGGAAGCUUUCCUCGCUUUGUCACCGAGAGAGUUCGAGUCUUAGUGACACACGUUUUGAGGCCAAUCAUUCGCAGUACCGCAUGAUUGUCUGAUCUGGUAGAUUGGCUUCUUCUUCAGUUUGUAGGCUGUGCCGGAAUGUGGGUGAUGCUGAUCUCUCAACUCGUCUUUUUGGGGACUAUGUGGUCAUCUAGCUGUUGGUCUGUGGGUAACAGAACGCCGAUGGUGAUGAUACCCAUGUCCCUUGCAAAGUUGCAAAACUGUGGUUCCUCGUCUCUUGGAAUCUCCUGAUUGGAAGAAUGCAUCACUUUGAUGUUGAGGCGGUUGGUCAAGUACUGAAAUCUAAUCAUUUGGAACCAAUAGCUCUGGACAUAAAAGUCUUCUUACUUAGGCUAUUUUCGAGGACUUAGGAAUUGUUUUGUAACCUUGUUUUCUAGUGGUAGAAUUAGGUGGUAUAAGAGACGGUUCAUUCCGAGUCGUGGGAUGAACUCGGCUCGUUGUGGUGAAAAAUACAUCGACGUAUUGAUUCGGGUAGCGUAGGAUCCUUCUAAGUGUUCCUGGGUGGUACUAGAUAACGUCGAUGUAUGUGGGGUUUGAAAAUCUUGUAUUCAGUUAUUUGGAUAAUGAAAGUCGUAGUUGAGCCAAAAAAAAAAAAAAAAAAGGAAGCGCGAGGAGAAAAAAACAGAUUAAAAAUCGAGCCCAAAUCAAGAAAGAAAAAGAAAAGCUUUCGUAUAAUGGCGUCGAAGCUUGCUUCAAUGGCCUCGAAGCGUUCUUCAAUGCCAUCACGUUUGUUAUCCCUCCCGGAAGAACUACAGCACGAAGUCAUCUACCGGACGCCCGUCGAAGCGCUGAUACAGUCAGCAACAUUAUGCAAGCGAUGGACCGCUCUCCUCACCAACAAGAAAGUCAUCCACACACACUUGGAUCGGUCGGCGGAAAGAUUCAUAAGAACCGUUGAUACAGUAAACGUCGUUGAUCCGGUGACGCGAAUAUGCUCAAGUACUUCACCGGUUCCGAGAGAGUUUCAAGACCCGAACAAUACAGAUGCUCUGCUUCACUGCGACGGUCUUAUGCUGUGUAGACUUCGUGGCUGUCACGUCAAAAGGUUCGAGCCCGAGGAUCCAAGACGCCCGCAAAUAGCGAUUUGGAAUCCCGUUUUGAGAAAGGUGAAAUGGAUCAUGCCUUCUGACUGUGUGUCCGCUUACAAUAACUUUGGGCUAGGUUACAAGAAUCGAGGUGAUUACUUGAUCUUGCGGUUCCCCCAGAUCCAGUAUAAGUUUGUGGAAGGUGAAAACCCGGUUGAGAUAUACGAGUUGAAGAAUGAGUCAUGGAGAACUCUUGAGCACGUGAAGGUUGAUUGGGUGGUGGAUAGAUCGUGCCAAGGUGUGUCUGUGCUGGGUAACAUGUAUUGGGUGGUUGCUCCUGAGAAGAAGAAGAAGCGGAAAAGCUACAUUCUAGGUUUCAAUUUCACGGUGGAAACAUUCAAUGACGUGUGCUUAUGUCCUCCUCCUCCUCUCUCUUGUGGUGGUGAUCGUUACUUAAGCUGUUACAGUAAAGAUAGAUUGUCUUUGCUACAGGAAGAUACAAAAUCAAGGAAGAUUGAGGUUUGGCUUUCAAACAACUUGGCUGAUGCGAGCGUCUCGUUUACUAAACAUUUCAGUGUGGCCAGCCCUGAUCAUCUUGUGUUAAAGCCCCGUGAAUUUACGUCUUAUCCGGUCUACUGCUUUGUCAAGCCCAAAAGUAUCGUUGCAUGGUGCGAGGGAGCUGCAAGACAACUGAGACCGAACGAAACUAUGAUGAGCGACGCUGGCUUCCAGACUUUUGUGGCCAUGUGUAUGUUCCAAGUUUGGUGUGGCUGUGAUGGGUAACACGUACGUGUUGAUAGCUUGCUGUGUGAAGAAGAAGAAAGAUCGAGCGAGGAGGGUUUACGUUUCGUGUUCUAACCUUUUAGUUUUAGUCUUUGUUUUGUUGAUCUUCAGACGUAUGUGUCUCGGAAUCAACUACAUGAUAUUGUGGAUAAUGUGUGUAAGCCUUACUUGUUGGUUAAGCAAAACUUCCUGAUUUUGA